GUUCGACGAAUUUGACGCUGUCGGUGAUCCUCCAAAUUCUCCUCCCCUCCCUCCCCCACAUUCCUCCCACCUCCCCAUCUCAAUUCAUUCCCCCAAUUAAUUUCUUUUCUUUUUUUUUUAAUUUUCGAUUUUAAUUUUUCCAAAUUUUGAUCCGAUUUUUCGUACCAUCCGAUUCAGAUCGGACCCGGAUCGGACUUAGAGAAAAAAAAUGGCGGCAUCUCGACGGCUACGGGACCUGCAAUCGCAGCCGGGGAACAAGAUCUGCGUUGACUGCUCCCAAAAGAACCCGCAGUGGGCUUCGGUUUCGUACGGCGUCUUCAUGUGCUUAGAGUGCUCCGGCAAGCACCGCGGGCUCGGCGUCCACAUCUCGUUCGUCCGAUCCGUGACCAUGGACUCGUGGUCCGAGAUCCAGAUCAAGAAGAUGGAGGCCGGCGGCAACGAGCAGCUCAACGCCUUCCUUGCCAGCUACGGCGUUCCUAAGGAGACGGAUAUCGUCACCAAGUACAACACCAACGCCGCCAGCGUGUACCGGGAUCGGAUUCAAGCCCUAGCCGAGGGGCGUCCUUGGAGGGACCCACCCGUCGUGAAGGAGGCCCUAGGGUUUGGGAAAAAGAAGCCGCCUUUGGCCCAAGGCGGCGGCGGCGGAAGCGGCAGGGGAGGUGGUUCUGGGAAUAAUGGGGGGUGGGAUAGUUGGGACGACGACGGUUUCAGAUCGUCGAACGAUAUGAGGAGGAAUCAGUCGACCGGUAACUUUAGAGGCGGCGUUGCUCACGGUGGUGGUGGUAGCGGUAGUGGUGGAAAUGGAGGUGGCAUGCCGGCCAGAUCGAGGUCCACGGAGGACAUCACGAGAUCGCAAUUCGAGGCUUCUGCGGCUAACAAGGAGAGCUUUUUCGCCAGGAAAAUGGCGGAGAAUGAGUCGCGGCCUGACGGGCUACCGCCCUCACAGGGCGGGAAGUAUGUCGGGUUCGGAUCGAACCCCGCCCCUUCUCAGAAUCAUAAUGUGAAUGCGCAAGGCGAUGUGUUAUCUGCUGUAUCUCAGGGUUUUGGAAAGUUAUCCUUGGUUGCUGCAUCGGCGGCUCAGUCAGCUGCAAGUGUAGUCCAGGCAGGCACAAAAGAGAUAACUACUAAGGUGAAAGAAGGCGGCUAUGAUUACAAGGUGAACGAAACUGUUAAUGUUGUCACGGCAAAGACGUCAGAGAUAGGACAAAGGACUUGGGGGAUUAUGAAAGGGGUCAUGGCAAUGGCAUCACAGAAGGUUGAAGAGUACACUAAAGACGGAACAAACUGGAAAGCUGAGAAUAACUGGCAACGAAAUGAUAGUGAACAGAAUGGAUACUAUCAAGAGUUUAAACAGGAGAACAAAGAAUGGAAUUCUUCUUCCAUAGGGGGGCAAUCAUCGAGUGGGAAUCUUAAUUCUUAUGGCUCUAGUUCUUGGGAUGAUUGGGACCAAAAAGACACAAGGAAGCAAGAGACUACUAAAGGAACGGGAUCCAAUAGCAAUGAUGGUUGGGCUGGCUGGGAUGAUGGGAAAGAUGAUGGAUAUGAUAAUGCUUACCAGAGUGCAUCUAUUUCAAAGGCUGGUCACAAUGGGAAAUCUGAUUCAGCGUGGACUGGGGGAGGCUUUAACUAAGGAACCUCAUGUGGUCCCUGCAAUUUCUGGUUAACCCAUAUGUCACGGACACAAAUUAGAACUCAAAACGGAUGGAUGCCAAGGGUGAUACCUAGGUGAUGGACAUGGAAUUUGAUGGAGGCGGAAUUGUUAGCAGCUGGUGCUGACUGAUUGGUUGGUGAUUUGUUGGAAUUUAGAUCCAUUUCCAUGGAAAAGACACUUUUGUUGAGGUUAGUAUAUUUGCAGUAAAGUUUUCUCCUCUCUCUUUCAUCUGGAAAAGAUUUUUAUGUUAACUUAAUUGGGAUAUUCAUCGUUUUCCAAAAGUUGUUUAUAUAUGUACAACUACCAACACGGGGGUUAAUUGCCCGAUUCAAAAGAGGACCGAAAGUUUGAAUUUGUUUGUGGGAUUUCAGGAAUGAAAUUUUCAUAUGAUUUGCAUUU